AAACUCUUAACAACAAUAUAACGGAAGCUAAAUAAAAAUAAUAAAAAUGGAUUGUAAAGUAUCUGGGAAAUACUGAAGAGGAUAUACAAGAAAGGAUAUUGGAAAGAGGAUAUUUUGAUAAGGAUCAAAAGGAUUAAAAAAAUAAAAAAAAAUCCAUAUAUUUUAUCAAGCAAAAAUAAAUUUUCGAUUGAGUGCAUGAACGAAGCAAAAUGUCUGGAAAAAAGAGCGGCAGUGCUGACGAUGACCCCGAGCAGGGUGAGCCCACCUAUAACAUCUCAAUGGGUGAGGAAUAUAUGCUAAAUGAGAUUGAAAAGAAUUUCAUCUUAGCAGCAGAGCGUGGUGACAUACAGGGUGUGAAGAAAAUAAUCGAAGACAACAUGGGACAGCCGGAUAAAUUUAAUCUGAAUUGCGUCGAUCCGCUCAAUCGUUCCGCACUCAUCUCCGCCAUUGAGAAUGAGAAUUUCGAUUUGAUUGUCGUGCUGCUGGAGUGUGGCAUUGAGGUGGGCGAUGCGCUGUUGCACGCCAUAUCCGAGGAGUAUGUGGAAGCGGUGGAGGAGUUGUUGCAAUGGGAGGAGACACAUCACAAAGAGGGUCAACCCUAUAGCUGGGAAUCUGUUGACCGUUCUAAGUCGACAUUUACGCCGGACAUCACGCCACUCAUUUUGGCAGCGCAUCGCAAUAAUUAUGAAAUACUUAAAAUUCUAUUGGAUCGUGGUGCAACAUUACCGAUGCCGCAUGACGUCAAAUGUGGUUGCGACGAGUGUGUCACCUCUCAAGAAACCGAUUCACUGCGGCACUCACAAUCGCGUAUAAAUGCAUACCGAGCUCUUUCCGCCAGCUCGCUAAUUGCACUCAGCUCACGAGAUCCCGUACUGACAGCCUUCGAACUCUCUUGGGAAUUAAAACGACUACAAGCGAUGGAAUCUGAGUUCAGAGCGGAGUACACGGAGAUGCGUGUGGGUGUGCAAGAGUUCGUCUCAUCAUUAUUAGAUCAUGCACGCACUUCAACCGAACUGGAGGUAAUGCUCAAUUUCAAUCAUGAGCCCACCACAGACAUUUGGAUGCCAGGGCAGCGACAGACAUUGGAGCGUUUGAAAUUGGCCAUACGUUAUAAACAGAAAGCGUUUGUCGCACAUCCAAACGUGCAGCAACUAUUGGCGGCCAUUUGGUAUGAGGGCUUGCCCGGUUUUAGACGUAAGCAAGCCUCUCAGCAGAUUAUAGAAGUGGUUAAGUUGGGCUGUAUGUUUCCCAUUAACAGUAUGAACUAUUUACUGGCGCCCGAGUCGGAUGCGGGCAAAUUUAUGAGAAAGCCAUUCGUGAAAUUCAUCUCACAUUCCUGUUCAUAUAUGUUCUUUUUGAUGCUUUUGGGCGCUGCAUCGCUGCGUGUGGUGCAACUCUCUUUUGAACUUCUUGCAUUUCCCUGGAUGUUGGCUAUGUUGGAGGAUUGGCGAAAGCAUGAGCGUGGCUCCCUGCCGGGGCCGAUUGAAUUGGGCAUUAUUACCUAUAUUGCCAGUUUAGUGUUCGGUGAAUUGAAAUCUCUUUACUCCGAUGGUUUAUUCGAAUACAUUAUGGAUUUAUGGAAUAUUGUCGAUUUUGUUUCUAAUAUGUUUUAUGUUACAUGGAUACUUUGUCGAGCGACAGCGUGGAUAAUAGUACAUCGCGAUUUAUGGUAUCGCGGCAUCGAUCCAUAUUUUCCACGUGAACACUGGCAUCCUUUCGAUCCAAUGCUACUCUCCGAGGGCGCCUUCGCCGCUGGCAUGGUGUUUUCCUACUUAAAAUUGGUACACAUUUUCUCUAUCAACCCACACUUGGGGCCACUGCAAGUCUCACUAGGGCGCAUGAUAAUAGAUAUCAUUAAGUUCUUCUUCAUCUACACUUUGGUACUCUUCGCCUUCGGUUGCGGCCUCAAUCAAUUGCUGUGGUACUAUGCUGAACUGGAGAAGAACAAGUGCUAUCAUUUACAUCCAGAUGUUGCUGAUUUCGAUGACCAAGAAAAGGCGUGUACUAUUUGGAGACGAUUUUCAAACCUCUUCGAGACCUCUCAAUCACUAUUUUGGGCUUCCUUCGGUUUAGUCGAUUUGGUGUCUUUCGAUUUGGCAGGCAUUAAGAGCUUCACGCGCUUCUGGGCACUGCUCAUGUUCGGCUCUUAUUCGGUGAUCAACAUUAUUGUAUUGCUCAACAUGCUUAUUGCCAUGAUGUCUAAUUCUUACCAAAUUAUUUCGGAACGUGCUGAUGUUGAAUGGAAAUUUGCCCGAUCCCAACUCUGGAUGAGUUAUUUCGAAGAUGGCGGCACUGUGCCACCACCAUUUAAUAUUAUGCCAUCGGUGAAGUUGCUGCGCAAGACAUUGGGCAAAGAGGGACCAAAGCGGACUAAAAGUUUUAUGCGCAAGACCAAGGAACGCUCGCAGGCAUUGCAUGACAAAGUCAUGAAGCUGCUGAUACGACGUUUCGUCACCGCCGAACAGCGACGCCGUGACGACUAUGGCAUAACCGAGGAUGAUAUCAUUGAAGUGCGUCAAGAUAUUAGUUCACUGCGUUUCGAGCUACUGGACAUUUUCCAAACGAAUCGCUUCAAUGUACCAGAUAUUGAGAAGAAAACAGCAGCUGCGGCCGCCGGCACCAAGAAGGGUAAGGUGAUGGAACGACGUAUCUUAAAAGAUUUCCAAAUUGGUUUCGUUGAGAAUCUGCAACAUGAAAUGACUGUCGGCGAUGAGGGUAGCAAAGAUAUUUUCUCUUCGUUGGCGCGGGUUAUCGGCAAGAAGAAGUCACUGAAGUCAGGUGAGAAAGACUGGAAUGCCAUUGCUCGACAGAACACUAUGAGCGCCGAUCCGAUAGGUUCCAAACGCUCGUCUAUUCAACGGCACAGCCAACGCAGUUUGCGUCGCAGAAUCAUCGAACAAGCCAACGAGGGUCUCAAGAUGAACCAGAAUCAGCUAAUUGAGUUCAAUCCCAAUUUGGGUGAAGUUACACGCGCCACACGUGUCGCCUACGUCAAAUUCAUGAAGAAGAAGAUGGUUGCCGAUGAAGAUGGCGCUGCAGCGUCUUCCGCUGAAGCAGAAACAACAAGCGCUACCAUCAAAGAUGAAAAGAUGCCCGCAGGUUCUAUGAAAGCAAAAGCAGAUGACGACAAAGCUGAUACCGCUUCAAAAGCCUCCAGCACAGAUGCGAAACCCAAAGACGGCAAACCAGGUGAUGGUAAGCCUACUGCACCAGCACCACCAAGUGAUGGUAAGCCUGCUGCCCCCGCACCACCAGGAAAACCUGCCGCAGCUGGUACUACCAAGCCAGCUGAUGCCGCGAAGAAAGAUGAUGCAGCCAAACCAGCCGCGGGUGCUGCAGCGAAGCCGCCAGUUGCCGGCGCCAAGCCAGAGGCAGCCGCAAAGAAAGAUAACGCUGCUAAGCCAGCCGGAGGAGAUGUCGCCAAACCAGCUGGUGCUGCCAAACCUGGUGAAGCUGCUACUGCCGCUAAGCCUGCAGUGGCUAAGCCAGGUGAAGCAACAAAACCGGAAGCCGCUGCCAAGAAAGAAGAUGCCGCCAAGUCAGAAGCGGCAAAGCCGGGCGCUGUCGCAGGUGCCAGCACAACAGCUGGAGCAGUUAAAGGCGCUGCACCAACAGCGCCAGCUGGCGCUAAGCCCGACGCAUCGGCAGCGGGUGGUGAUGCGAAAGCUGCCGACGGCGCUGGACCGACGGCAACAAAAGCGGCAGGUGAUGCGACGGGUACUAGUGGUGGCGCUGCAGCUGGUGCCGCCGGUGCGACGGCGAAAACAGAUGACAAAAAAGCUGACGACAAGAAGGGCGAUGAAAAGAAACCAGAUGAGAAGAAACCGGAUGAUAAGAAAGCGGCGGCGCCUGCCCCUGCCAAGCCGGUUAUCAAAGUGGGCCAAAGUAGUGCUGCAGCAGGUGGCGAUCGUGGCAAAUCGACUGUCACGGGUCGUAUGAUAUCUGGUUGGCUUUAA